CGCUCUCUUCUUCCUCGCUUCCUCAUCGCUUUCUCUGCGUUCUCUCUGUUUCAGGGUUUUAGGGAUUAGGUUAGUUGGUGGAGUUCGAUCUGAGGUAACAAUGGCGGGCGGGGCGGUCGUUGCUGGCGGGGAAGGGAAGGAAUACCCUGGGAAGCUCACGCUUUUCGUUCUAUUGACCUGCGUCGUCGCCGCUACUGGAGGUCUCAUCUUCGGAUACGACAUCGGCAUCUCUGGCGGAGUGACGUCGAUGGACUCGUUUCUGACGAAGUUCUUCCCGGAAGUGCUCAGCAAGGAGAAGGCGAACAAGAGCACGAACCAGUACUGCACGUUCGAUAGCCCGUUGCUGACCAUCUUCACGUCGUCGCUGUACCUGGCGGCGCUGGUGUCCUCCUUCUUCGCCUCGGUGGUGACUAGGGUAUUCGGUCGAAAAUGGUCGAUGCUCGGCGGAGGGCUUAUUUUCCUCAUCGGCUCUGCCCUCAAUGGCGCUGCCAUAAACGUUUCAAUGCUCAUCUUCGGCCGAAUCUUCCUCGGCAUCGGUAUCGGCUUCGCCAAUCAGUCUGUUCCACUGUACCUUUCGGAGAUGGCACCGGCGCGCCUCCGUGGAAUGCUCAACAUCGGAUUCCAGCUCAUGAUCACGAUCGGCAUCUUUGCCGCCAACGUCAUCAAUUACGGCACCGCUAAGAUUGAGGGCGGCUGGGGAUGGCGUGUCAGCCUCGCCCUUGCCGCCGUCCCUGCAUCUAUCAUCACGAUCGGGUCUCUCUUCCUCCCCGACACCCCCAACUCCCUCAUCGAGCGUGGUCACCCUGAGGCCGCCAAGGAGAUGCUCCGUCGCGUUCGUGGCACUGACGAUGUUUACGAGGAGUUCAGUGAUCUGGUUACCGCCAGCGAGGAGUCGAAGAUGGUGAAGCACCCCUGGAAGAACAUUCUCAAGCGCAAGUACCGCCCGCAGCUUACCAUGACCAUCCUCAUCCCGUUUUUCCAGCAGCUCACUGGUAUCAACGUUAUCAUGUUCUACGCUCCUGUGCUCUUUAAGACCAUUGGAUUCGGAGACGAUGCUUCCCUCAUGUCCGCUGUUAUCACUGGCGUGGUCAACGUCGUCGCCACCUUUGUCUCCAUCUUCACCGUUGACAAGCUCGGCAGAAGGAAGCUGUUCUUGCAAGGCGGAACUCAGAUGCUUAUUUCUCAGGCAAUUGUGGGAACCUUGAUUGCGAUCAAAUUUGGUACCAGUGGCCAGGGGCAGAUUCCAAAGGGCUAUGGUUAUGUAGUGUUGUUCUUUAUAUGUGUCUAUGUUGCUGGAUUUGCAUGGUCAUGGGGUCCCCUUGGUUGGUUGGUACCCAGUGAGAUAUUUCCUCUGGAGAUCAGGUCGGCCGGGCAGAGUAUCAAUGUUUCCGUCAACAUGUUCUUCACCUUCAUCAUAGCUCAAGUAUUUCUCACAAUGCUCUGCCACAUGAAGUUUGGCCUCUUCUACUUCUUUGCUGGAUGGGUGCUUAUCAUGACCAUCUUCAUCGCCCUCUUCCUUCCCGAGACCAAGAAUGUCCCCAUCGAAGAGAUGAUCUCGGUGUGGAAGGCCCACUGGUUCUGGGGCAAGUUCAUUGCUGAUGAGGACAUCCAUGUCCGUGGCGAUCAUGUUGGAUCGGCUGAUCUCCACGCUAAAGCAUGACCCGAGUUAUAAGCAUCAGCUUCACAGGAUAAUGCUUGUAAUGGUUUAUUAGUAUAAUUUUUAAAAAUCAGUCUGUAAUAUCAUUUAAGGUUUCUUAUUGUUAGAAGUUAUAUAGUUUUUAAUGAUGGAAGAACUAUGAAACUCAAUAAAGCUUUGGUUUUUACUGCA